ACAGGUGUGCCUACCCUACCUGCCUUUUGGAAAUUUCAAACACGGAAGUUUUAGGACUGUCACAAGUGAUUUCGCUACUGCACGUAUGGCGCGUGCAGUAGCCUGGCCUCCCUGUUUUGUUUCCCUUUAGAAAGGUGAACCGAAAUUAAUCUGAACCGAAAUAAAACUCCUUUGGACUUAAGGAACCAGGAUCCAGCGGGAGUCCGAGCCAAUGGCAUCCGCCGGGCAGAUGGACCCGGGCGUGGGAGCGGGUCUCGGGGAAAGCCUGUCGAUCCACGGCAGCACAGAGCAGCUCAACUCCUCCGCUGUCAACCGCAUCAUCAUGGAGUUCCUGAUGUACUUUGGCAAAGCCAUGCUCGUCUUCUACCCCGUGUAUCUGACAGGAUACCUGGGCCUCAGUAUCAGCUGGUUGCUGCUGUGCAUGGUGCUGGCCACUUGGUGGAAGAAAAACCGCCAGUGGAAAGACACCCGAAUCGGAACCGCCAUCGACUUUGUGGACAAUGAAACCCAUAUGGUCAACAAGGAGCUGGCGAGUGCCUUACAAAUGGCAACAUGGGUCCACUUUCCUGAGAUUGAGAAAGUUGGCUGGGUUAACAAGGUGUUGGAGCAGGCCUGGCCUUUCUUUGGGAUGUACAUGGACAAGCUCCUCAGAAAUAAUAUCCAGCCAGCUAUCAGGUUCUCCAACCCUGCGCUCAAAAUGUUCACUUUUACCAAGAUCCACUUCGGAAACGUACCUCUCAAGAUCACUGGAAUGAGAGCAUACACACAUGAGGUGGAUCAAAGGGAAGUGGUCCUGGACUUGCAUAUAAGUUAUGACGGUGACGUGAACAUCAACGCCGUAGUGAAGCCGCCAGUCACAGCUGGUAUCAAAGGACUUAAACUCAGUGGGAUGCUGAGAGUCAUUUUGCAACCUCUUAUUGGUCAAGCACCACUGGUGGGAGGAGUCACCUAUUUUUUCAUGCGCCGCCCAACCCUAAACAUCAACUGGACUGGCACAACCAACCUUUUGGACAGCCCCGCAUUCAGCUCCUUGUCGGAGCAGACCAUCAUGGACACCAUUUCCUCCCUCAUGGUGUUGCCCAACCGCAUGUGCGUGUCCCUCAUUGACCAGAUCAAAACUGAUGAGAUGAGGUUCCCACUCCCUCGAGGUGUGGUGAGGGUCCACUUGCUGGAGGCCAGAGACCUGGUGGCCAUGGACACAUACAUGAGGGGUUUGAUAAAAGGCAAAUCAGACCCCUAUGCAACACUUCGAGUGGGCAACCGGAAUUUUAAAAGCAAAACCAUCAAAGAGACUUUGAACCCCAUUUGGAAUGAAGUGUACGAGUUUGUCGCCCAUGAAGCCCCAGGGCAAGAGUUGGAGAUGGAGCUUUAUGAUGAGGACACCGAUAAAGACGACUUCCUUGGAAGUUACAACCUUGAUCUGGGAGUGGUGAAGAAGGAGGUAGAAAUGGAUAAGUGGUUUACUCUGGAAGGGAUCCAGAAGGGAGAAGUUCAUCUCAAGCUCCAGUGGUUUUCCCUUAAGUGUGACCCCAGCCUGCUGAGGGAGUCUACAGACGGCCUUGCUUGUGCCAUGCUCGCAGUGUAUCUGGACAAUUGCUCAAACCUACCAAAAAACCUCAGCGAGAUCUCGGAGCUUCAGAAACCCGGGAAGCCUCCGAAGGAAGCUCGGCCCAUUAAAAAGCGAACCAACUUGCCGAACUCCUUUGUGGAAAUGUCCGUUGAUAAGGACAUUAAGAAAAGCAAGCCCGCGUAUGCAUCGAAAGACCCGGUGUGGGAGGAGGGCUUCACCUUCUUUGUGCAUAAUGUCAAAACACAGCAGCUCAUAGUUCAGGUCAAAGAGUUGGAGAAGAAGACUACGCUCGGUGUUCUCCACUUGCCCCUGGAACGCCUCCUCAACAUCUCCGACAUGACCAUAGACCAGCGGCUCCCGCUGGAGCGCUCCGGAGUGAACAGCCAUAUCAAGCUGAAAGCCACUCUCAGGAUUCUUGCUGUGGAAAAGCCUCUACCCAAGGUUACCGUCAAUCCUCCUCGACAAGACAAACAACAAACACCCCAGACCAACAAAGGAGCUGGCGCUCCUGUAUCCACUCCCUCUGCCACUACAUCCUCCUCCUCAGCACUUCCCAACAAAACCAACCCCCCUGCCCAAACCUCAUCUCCGGCCUCGGCAGCUCAGACCCAGAACGGCUCUAAUGAAACCGGGCAGUCCCCUUCCUCCACGUCACACAUGCGUCGGGACGACUCCCAGAACCUGCUGUCAGAGAAUUCCCUCGCUUCCUCGGCAAACAUGCGUCGUUAUGACUCCCAGAGCCUGCUGUCAGAGAAUUCCCUCGCUUCCCCGGCAAACAUGCGUCGGUAUGACUCCCACAGUAUGCUGUCGGAGAACUCCAUCGCUUCGUCGCGUUUCGACCUUUCAGAAGGGGCCACGUACCCAGAGGCCAUCAGGAACCACCAGGGUUCAUUUGGGGAGAUCCAGCUGAAUGUACGCUAUGCCGCACUGAGGAAAAAACUCGUCGUCUUGGUUAUUUCUUGCAGGUACAACGUAGAGGUCAAUCCUCACUAUUGUUACCCUAACAGCAGUACUAAUAUUGUACUGUACAUUUUUACCUAUGCUGAUGUGGUGUUUUAUUUUGCUCUGGUCUCAAAACACGGAGGCAAAGUACUACAGUUGAAAAUUAGCGCGCUGGCUAUCACUGGCACAUUUAGAGAGAAAAUAAAUAAAAUAAAUGAAAUGAAAUACUGACCAGGAAUAUUCCUAUGAGCUUAGCUCUGAACACAUUUGUAGAUUCCACAACAAGAGCUAUGAUUGGGCCCAAAAAACCAGGCCCGCCUGACCUUCCAUGACGCCCUAUAGUUUCUGUCAAAGCCCAACUCGAGCCAAAACCACAGCAGCAGUUUUUUGCCCAAGCCAAAAAAAAAUGUUAUGUAAUAUAAAACUGAAAAUCUUUUCUGUACAGUAACGGAUAUCUGUGACAUGAUCUCUGACAUGCCCAAAUACUGCCAUAUUAGAGAUUUAAUUACAUUUGGUUAUACAUAGUGGUACACAGCCCAUACAAUAUUCAUUGAAUUAUACAGACUAUGAGAACUAUU